AUGGGAGCCUUCAAGUCUGCUAUCAACUCUUUGAGCUGCUUCCAAGCUGCACUUGUGCUUGUGCUGUUGAUUGCCACAGCAGAGACCCAGAUGGCUGAGGCACAGAGCAGCAGCAGCUGCUCAACUGAGCUCAGCAGCCUCAAUGUUUGUGCACCAUUUGUGGUGCCUGGCUCAACCAACACCAACCCAAGCUCUGACUGCUGUGGUGCUCUCCAAGCCGUCCAUCCUGACUGCCUCUGCAACACUCUCAGGGUGGCCGCUCGCCUUCCCACUCAGUGCAACCUCUCCCCCAUCACUUGUGGUUAG